CGCGAUGAUGGCGGCCGGGUUGUCGCGGAGCAGCAAGAAGGGGAAGGUCAGCCGGCGGCGUGAAGGAAAUAAGAAUCCAGAUGCUCUGAAGAAUGAAGAUGCUGCUCAAAGGAAAGCAGCUCUGGAGGCUGCUGUGAGAAAGAAGAUUGAAUUUGAAAAAAAGGCGUUGAAUAUUGUUGAACAGCUCCUGGAAGAGAGCAUUACUGAAGAGUUCCUUCUGAAUUGUGGAAAAUAUAUUACUCCAUCUCACUAUAAAGACAUUGUUGAUGAACGGUCUAUCAUCAAACUGUGUGGUUAUCCCCUAUGUCAAAAUAAACUGGAAAAUGUGCUGAAACAGAAGUACAGAAUUUCAACAAAAACAAACAGAGUUUAUGACAUCACGGAAAGAAAGUGCUUUUGCAGCAACUUUUGCUAUAAAGCAUCCAAAUAUUUUGAAGCUCAGAUUUCCCAAAGUCCAGUAUGGAUGCGAGAGGAAGAAAAACCACCAGACAUAGAGCUGCUGAAGAAGGGACAGAGUGGACAGUCUGGAGAAGAAGUGAAAAUACGUGAUGAGAUAAUUAAAGCAUCCGACAUUGAAAACCAUAAUCCAUGUGAAUCUACUUCUCAAGACAAAGCCAGUGACAGCAGUAGUGAUACUGAACAAGAAUUUGUUUCUUCUGUCCUACCAGGAAGUCAGUCAAAUUCAGCCAGUAUUGCACAGCAGCUUCACAGGAACAGCAUCCUCAAGAAGAAGACCACUCAGAAAGUAUGUUCCAGCCCUAAGACUGAAGACUCAGAUGUGGUAGAAAGCGUUGAACGACUAGCUAAUUGUAAAUUAGAUGCUCAGGAAGAAAAGCAUGCUUGCUCUGGUCAUAAUGAAAUAACUGCAACACCGUCAACACGUGCUACUCCAGGGAAACCAAGUACUUCACAAAACUGUGAAAAUACCUGUGGUUCACAGAUAGUUUAUCUAGGUGUGAGCAAAAGAGGUGCAGAACAUCUUAAAAGAACACUAGCUAAGUCAAAGGAACUUAGAGCACCAGAACUGAGGCAUCCAGUUAAUUCCAAGGGCAGUUUGUUACAAAUGCUUAAGCAGACACUUACAGAAUGGAGAACUGAGGAGACUUUGAAAUUUCUCUAUGGCCCAAACUACAGUUCUUUAUGUUCUUCAGAGAGCAUAGCAUCUGCCAACCGGGAAAAUGGAGAACUUGAUGAGGAUGACUUAGAUGCAGAUGAUGAUCUUAAUGCUGGCGCUGUAGGGGAGUCUGAAAACAGUUUGAACUAUUCGUUACCUUUCACAGGCCCGGGUGGAAUAGUUAAGCCAGUGCCUAGUUAUGAAAAGUUAAAAGAAGAAACAGAGUUCCUACAACUCCGAGUAAAAGAGUUCUAUAAAGGAAAGUGUAUCUUGGCUGAAGAGGCAGAGACAAGUGCACAAGCAGAGGAACAUCCAAGCAAAGGUGAAGAUGAUCAGCAGGAAGAUCUCACCUUCCCACUUGUUGAUUCAAAUGCACAAAUGCAGAUUAGAAAGAGAAUUGUCCUUGAAAAACUGAGAAAAGCACUGCCUGCAGUUUUGGGCCCUCUUCAGAUUACUCCAGGUGAUAUUUACACAGAGCUAAAAAACCUUGUCAAAACUUUCCGAUUAACAAACAGAAACAUUAUUCACAAAAUGCCUGAAUGGACUCUAAUUGCUAUUGUUUUGUUAUCUGUAUUGUCACAAACUACUCCACUUUUCAAGAGUGCCGAGAUGAGCCCAGUGCACACCCAGUUCCUGACUACAUUGCUGGAGGAACUGCAUUUCACAAAGGAAGAUCUGGAAAGUUUAACAAGAAUAUUUCUCAAGGACUGCCCACUUCAAUGUUGUCACUGUCCUUCAAGAGACCUGAGAAGAAACUGUCACAGCAAAAGCCAGCAGGAGUGAAGGCUGAAGCAGGAUGUAGCAGGGUUGCUACAUAGCAACUCCAUUUAAAAAAGUCUGUUCCUUGAUUUUGUUUCUAUAAUUGGACACCAGCAGGGAACUCUACACUUCAUUACAUUAUUGCACUGUAGCUCCUGCAUGACAAUCAGGAUAAAUACAUUGAUUGUCCCCCUACAAACAAAAGUCCAUGAAGCUUUUCUGUGGAGGCUUCACUGUGUGGUAGAGUUCAUGUAGGUGAUGCUUGACUUUUCCUAAUUUUGUUUGUAAGGGGAAGUUAUGUUUAGUAUAACUUGUAAAAGAAGUAAUUUAGAAUGAGGAAAACCUUUACUGCAGAGUUCAAACUAUGCAUUUUUCACAGAACACAAUAGGAAAAGAACAACCAUCAUGGUCAGAGCAUGUCUGAUGUCAAAGUCACGAUGUCUGGAUAGAAGAUACAUUGGGCCUGCAUCAUGAUGGAAAGCUUUUUACUUGAUUUCUAUGCAAAGAAAGAGCAAGACCUCACCAAAAGAUAAGCUUAUAGAAGACUGAGCAAAUAGGCAUGAUACUCUGGAGCAAAACUUAAACCUUGAAUUUUUAUCUCCCUGCUCAUGAUUUUGGAAAGUAAAUACAUUUCUCUUUUUAGUUAAUACUUCACUGUAGAUUCUGAGCAAGCCAUUGUUCUCUUCCAUGUACAUUUACCUUGGGGCAUAAAGAUUACAACAACCCCUUGACAAUGCUGCCAUGCUGAGUACACGUAGAAGGCAUUACAAAUGUACAUCACACCAGGAAAAGGACUGUGCUUGAGCAGGUUCAGUGGCUCUCAUUUGGGAAGUUUUUACACUUCCUGUCACAUUUGUGGUGGGAUUUUUUUUUUUGUUAUUUUUAGGCUCGGUCUUCAGCAAUUACUGUGUAAGAACUCUGCGAUCUGGUAAUGACAAUGAAUAGUUCAUAGGCCCAAUGACCUCUUUAUGAAGAUUCACUCUUUUUGUGAGAACAGAAUAACCUUUCGCCUCCCAUUAUGUAAUAUGGUGGAAAUGCCCUGAAGGGGCAUAUCCUUCACUUACAUUUAAUGUUUUAUCUCCCUUAGAUGUGUAUAAAACACACAGAAGUAAAUGCAGGAAGUAUACAUAUAGCCAUUAUUUUUAAGGAGGAGGAAGGCUGUAGCCUCAUCUCAAAAGGAUGAGUUCGUACUAUCAGCAUCAGCUGGUUAUACAAAGAGCACAAUUCAAGCACCAGAAAUACUUCAUCUGUGUAGUUUUCUUAUAUUUCAGAACAGCUUAACUGGUUAGAAAUGUUCAAAUCCAGACCUACUUUGAGAUUAAAGCUAAUUUCUGCCACAA